AUGGAAUCAACUGAGUCUCUUUUUGAGGGACAGAAAUUGGUGAAGUUACCAACGAUCGUUCACGAUGACCCCUUUGUCAAAGUGGUAAAGACUUUAUCAAUAUACUUUGUCGAUGAAAUUGUCCUUCCUUCAACCUUUGAACAAUUACGAACUACAUCUGCGGGCAAUAAAAUUCGAAUACUUGUUGAGCAUCUCGUCGAAAAUGUUACGAAUCCCGCCAUUAUCAAUGCAAUCUUAACCCUCAAGUGGCAUUUUUCUACUCUCGAUGUAGAUGAUGAUCGCGGAAUCAAUGAAACUCGAGCGAGCGCAUGUGAAAUAGUGGCAUGGAGAUUUCUAAGUCGUGUAUCGGAAAGAGAUGCUGUCGAUUUUUGCUUAUACGAAUUACCUUCACCUACUCUUCAACGAUCAACCGAUGGUACAGCAGAAGAACCAGAGGAAAGUCAAGCUACGGAACAUUCGACUUUAUUGCCACAAUUCAGAGAAAGGGAUUCUCCUCCUGGUACAAGGCCACCUAGUCAGAAUAAAAAGACUGAACUCUUACGGUCUAUUUCACAUAUGGGGUCAUUCUUUACUCAUGAUGAUAUGGAUGAUGAUGAGGAUGAUCCAACAUCUUCUUUCACAGGAUUGAAUGCUCUUGAAAUUGGUGUAGUAGCUGAUUGCAAAAAGUUUUUAAGCCAGAGAAUUGUACAAAAAAUUAUAACUGGUAUUUGGAAAGGAGAUAUAACAUUUUGGGAAAGUUUGAGUGAGCAUACUCAAAAGAAAGCUCAAUUUUAUAAUAGGAAGAAGUCCGAUCCUUUUUCGAGAUUGAGAGUACCAAGAUAUAUCAAAGCUUUUGAAGUUUUGUUCUUUGCUUCUUUCUUAUUUCUAUACUAUGCAGUUCUUGUUGAACGGAAUCCAUAUUACAUUACGCCCCUUGAAAUUGUUCUCUAUGUAUGGUUUGCUGCUUUUGCUUAUGAUGAGCUUGGAGAGUUCAUAGAUGCGGGCUCGAUAUUCUAUGCAGUUGAUAUAUGGAAUUCUUGUGAUUUGAUGAUUAUCUUAAUAGGAGCUGCUUUCCUACUCACUCGUGUCAUUGGUUUGACGAAGGAUGAUGGGAUUAUUAUCGAUAUGGCUUUUGACAUUCUGUCCCUAGAGGCAUUGUUUUUAUUUCCAAGAAUAUGUUCACUUCUUAGUCUCCAUCCAUAUUUUGGAACUUUGAUUCCUUGUUUAAAGGCCAUGGCCACAGAAUUCAUUAAAUUUAUGGUUGUCGUCCUGGUCCUUUACCUCGGUUUCCUAACAACCUUUACCCUCCUGGCCCGCGAUUCAUUUACCUUGGGCGAAAUGUCUUGGGUUCUUCUCAAAGUAUUUUUCGGAUCUUCAUACCUUGGUUUUGAUAUAAUGAACCAAAUCUCACCCCAAUUCGGUCCUCCGCUCAUGAUUAUUUUCGUUAUCCUAACCCAGAUUCUAUUGAUUACCUCCUUAAUAUCAAUAUUGUCUGACAGCUUUUCAAGAGUUAUAUCACACGCCAAAGAAGAAUAUCUCUUUGUAUAUUCUGUAUACGUACUUGAAUCCUCAACCUCUAAUCGACUUACACACUUUUACCCACCACUCAAUCUCAUCCCUCUCAUUCUCAUCCGACCACUUAGACUCUUCAUGAGUUCUUCUACAUUGCGUAGAAUUCGAAUAGGGCUACUAAAAGCAACACAUGCUCCAAUUGUACUCGCAAUUAAGAUUUUCGAAGGUGUUAAUGAACAUAUACAAGAUCCAUCAUCUUUCCCACGCACACCAAUUGCUACAGUACCAUCUACACCUCAUAGCGGAGCUGGUGGAAUGACAAGUAUGAGUGGAGAACCAGCAUAUAAAGGAAAAGCGAAGAAGAAAUUCUUGACAAGUAGGACGGGUACAAAUCAUUCAUUGCAUUUUAUGGAUGGACCGGGUAUUGGAGAUGGAGAGGCGAGUCCACUUGUUGGUGGAAAGUGGGAGGGAGGUAUUAGGGGGAGAAAUGAAGGAUGUCCUUCUGAUGUGGGUAAUUGUGGACGUGCGAAUGGAAAAGGAAAUGGAAAAUUCAAUAAGAAAUUGACAUUCGAGGGAGAAGAUAGUGGAUUAGGAGGAGAGGAUGAUGAUACAGCACGAAGAAUACAAAGGACAGAAGAAGAGAGGACAAGCGAGAGAGAAAGAAGAUUAGAAAAUAAAGUUGAUGAAUUGGGAAAGAGGAUAGAGGAAUUAACAAGAUUGUUUAUGGCGGAUAAGGGAUUGGGUGGGGAUGAUGAGAUGUAA